GUAUUUUAGCCAUUGCCAAUGUGAUAAUGAUGAUUGCGAUAGUUUCAGGUGCUUCCAAAUUACAGCUCGCCUUGCAUGACUUACUGCAAGCCGAAAAGGUUUAUAUAUAGAAGAGUGUGAGGGAGAACUAGAAUAAUAGAAAGAGCGAAAUAGACACGAAGAGUGAUUCAUCCUAUGCGCGAAGAAAUGGUCGAUAUUCGUACUGAUUUCGUGAUAUUUAGUCACACCUGUUCCAGCCGUUCUAUUACCUACCAGUCUCGAGGGAAAUCGACGGCAGAAAGUUCGUCGGAAAAAUUGAAAAAUACUCGUCAGAACUGUGAAAGAAACGGUAACUAAACUCUUUCGGCAGCAUCCACUGGUGUAUAACGAUGGCGACGACACUUGUAAAAUCCAUAAAGAAGAGAAACGACGGACGUCCUGCAGCAGCCAUAAAUCGUCAGAGUAGCGUACAAGCCGCAAUCAACAACUCUGCGACACCCAAGGCGCCGAAAUAUCAGAACAGCUACCGUCUGGAGUCAAACAAACCUUUCAACGUUGAUCCCGUGGAUAAAAUCAUCAGGCAAGUCAUGACCAACAACCUCGAAGACAUCGUAUACGAUUCCAAAGAGUGUCCGAAACUCUGUGCAGAAAUUAGCGCUGACAUCCGAGAUCGGAUUCGGAAACAAAACUUCGACAGGUACAAAAUCGUAGUGAUAGUGACGAUCAACGAAAAGGCUAGUCAAGGAAUACAAGCGUCGAUGAGAUUCCUCUGGGACGUGCAGAGGGAUAAUUACUCCACUUUCACAUUCGAGACGAGAACCUUUUUCGCCUAUUGUUGCGUCUUCGGCGUUUACUGCGAGUGAAUUCCGGACUGGAUCAAGAUCAUCCGGACAACCGACGACCGUUUCGCUGUUUCUCCUUCUUCUU